GAGAACCGAAGUUAUCAACUAGUUCUAAUAUCCAUCAUCUUUAUGAUACUGACGACCAUAAUCCUGAUUCUUCGAUUUUACACCAAACGCUUCCAAGGCGCCGGGUUCUUCUCCGAUGAUGCUUUUUUAUUAUCAGCAUAUAUCGUGAACAUGGGCAUGUGCGCUCUGGGCAUUGUGAUGACAAGAGUCGGAGGCGUGGGGCGACAUGUGCUUUGGCUCGAGGAAGAGAUGCCAGAAGCGCUGGUGGGAUGGGCACAAUGCAUUUUUGCCUUCGAAAUCAUUUACUUCACAUCAGUUGCACUGCCCAAGCUCAGCAUUCUUUGCUUAUAUCUACGAAUAUUCAACUGGACGGGGCGAAUGAGGAACACUGCGUUAUCCAUCCUUGCUCUGACGGUAAUGACCUCGGUGUCGCUUGUGGUAGCUGCUUGUUUUCAGUGCAGACCCAUUCAAUUUUGGUGGGACAGAACAAUUCCUGGCGGAUCCUGCUUUGAGAUACAGACGUUCUUCCACGCUCAAGCUAUCCCAGGGUUAAUCCUGGAUGUGGCCAUCAUGGUGCUGCCACUGCGCACGAUCUGGCAUCUUGAAAUGCCACUCAUCAAGAGACUCGCGUUGAUUGGCAUUUUUGCUGUUGCCAGUUUUGGAAUUGUCUCCUCUAUUGUGCGAGCUACGGUAUUCUUCGACACGGCUGCGUUUGACGACCGCACCUGGGCCUCCGUUGAUCUAGUGGGAUGGUCAAUCAUCGAAACGAGCGUCUACAUAAUCACAGGCUGUCUACCACACCUUAGACCUCUGGUAUCACAUUAUACGCCA